AUUGAUACGUGCUACAUCGAUAAAUCUAGCUCGGCAGAGCUUCAAGAAGCGAUCAAUUCCAUGUUCACAUGGUAUCGAGACUCGUAUAUGCUACGUGUAUCUUGUAAAUGCAUCCAUCCGCAGACUCGACAUGGAACUAUAAUACCCGCUUGGGCGUAUGCUUCGGACAGCGGUUAA